UCAGCUGUUCAGAUAUUUGGAAGGCCAACUUCACCUGAGGAAUAUUUGGAGGCUCAAGUGUUUGGGGGAAACUAGAGAGGAAAUAGAAAGCAGUACCAGGAUUGAAAACAAUAAAAAAAGGACAAGAGAUCAAGGAGAUAAAAAGAAAUAAAGGGAAACUAAAGCAAGGACAAGAAUCUAAGACAAAACACAAAAAGGACAGAGAGAAUUUAAGUAAAGAAAGAGUUUAAAAAGUAAGAAUAAGAGGAGAUCAAAAGUUGUAUCAGAGAGGAUGAAGCUGGGCGAGAGGAAGGUGGCGUUGCUGGCCAUCACAGAGAACAUUGAGAUGAAGCUGUUUUCUUCAGAGGAGACCUGCGUGGUGACAUCAACACCAGCGAAGGAGGAAGAGCAGAGCGUUGAACAGAGACACCUGGAGCAUCCUCUGGUCCCUGACUGUGAGGAGGAGGAACCAGAGCCACAGGUUCAAGGCCCACCCAGGCAGCAGGCCAAGCCCGAAACAGAGCCUCCCACCAAGGCAGAGGCCGAGGCCGAGAACGGCCCCCGUGAAAUAGAAAUGGAGGUGUUUCCUCCCGUGAGAGUGUCUGAGACUGAGCUAGUGGAUAUAAAAUCAUAUGAUCCUUCUAUCAUGACCCCGUCGUCUCCAAGCAAAGCCAGUUGUCUCAAGUGGAAGAGACUGACUAAGCAGAAGACAGGACUGGUGGUCAAAGAUGUGGUCUGUCUAUCCAGAGGACACUACCUGGCACAGCUGGAGAGAUACUAUGUUCCACGAGGCAAAGAACGAGCAGCUCUAGCGGCCAUGGGAAUGACUGCUCGCAUCACCAUUGAUUAUGAUUGGUCGGCCAAUCAGAUGGAGAGUCGGCUGGCGAUGCUCUUCCGGGGGCGGUUUGGAAAACAGGCAGGACAAAAGUUCUCCUUCACAUAUAUACAGUGUAUGCCGGGCUCCAGGGUGCUGUUUGUCCCAGACACCCCUGCAGAGGGCUGGACUGGAGAGCAGGUACUCAGGACCUCUGGACACGGUGCUUUGUACAUCCUCAGCCACCAGGACUACCCACAGGCAGAAUCUGAGCAGUCAGCAAGCGAGACACCUGUUGUGAACAGGAACGAGUUUUGUCUGGAGGUCAUUAAAGAGAGCUGUGAGGACGGAGACAAUCCUGUUCCCAGCACCACAGAGGAGUUCACAUUGGACCUGGAUUCCAUCCUGAGACUGUUCAGACAGGAGAACCUGGAUCGAGACGUAGAAACCCACAUCCAGGUGAGGAGGAGAGACCUGCUCCACAGCACUCUGAAGGUGGUGAGGAGGCCGGGCUUCUGUUUCAGGACAACACCCAUCGUCUCCUUCAGCGGAGAGACUGACGGCCACAACGGACCUCUCAGAGAGUUCUUCAGAUUGACUUUGCUGGAGCUGCAGCAAAGUUCUGUUUUUGAGGGUCUUCCGGGGCGUCUGUUCUUGACAUGUGACCUUGCAACCCUUGAAGACAGGAAGUAUUAUGAAGCAGGCGUUCUGAUUGGCUGGUCUUUGGCUCAUGGCGGGCCUGGACCUCGUUGUCUACACCCUGCACUCUACCAGUUGAUGUGUGGCCAGAAUCCAUCUUUGGAGGACUUCAGCUGGAGAGACAUUGUUGAUGCUGAAGCACAGAUCCGACUGCAACAGCUGCAUAAUUGUACUGAUGUGAAGCUGCUUUCUCCCAGUCUGUGUGACUGGGUGUUGAGCUGUGGGAUCCCUGGAGUCUAUUCAGCCCAUCCUGAUGAAAUACCUUCCAUCUAUAGCCGCCUGGUCAAACAUUACAUCUACAACAGGGUGGCUAGUAUGAUCUCCCAGUUCACAGACGGGAUGAACAGCUGUGGUGGAUUGUGGGAUACGGUACAGUCCCACUGGGAGGAGUUUGUGCCAGUGAUGACGAUCAAACAGCAGCAGCCUCUGACCCUGGAGGAGUUCAAACGUCUUUUCACCGUCUGCUACAGCCAUCCAGACAGCCAGCUCAGGGAGGCUGAGGAGGCAACAGCUGGACACUGGGAAACGGUCCUCACCUUGGUCAGGGAUGGUCAGGCAGAUUUUUCCUUUGAAGACCUCCUCACCUUCAUCACUGGAGCUGAUCAUCUGCCUCCUCUUGGGUUCCCCGGACUGAUCUCCCUGCGUUUUUACUCCCAGGAUGCGAGCAUGUCAGGCGUGCGUCUGCCUCACGCCUCCACCUGCGCUCUGGAGCUCUUCCUGCCAAGAGGAGCAGCAGGGGCUGCAGACCUGUUGGCGCUGCAGAGCAGAGCCGUGCAUGAGGCACUCGGCUUUACAUGUUUCCAGACAGGAGAUGGAGAGGGCAGCUGCAUUGAAGUGGUGACAAGUUUAUGAAGUGGGGACACCUUCCUGGAUAAUUGAGGUCAUGCUGAAGCUGACUUUGUGGGGCUCAAAGAUUUCUGCAGAAUACGAACAAUGUAUAGGUGCUCCUAGACUAAUGUUUGUAUUGUUUAACCCUUAAAAGCCUUAAAGGCCAUUAUUAAUUCAGAGUCAGGUGUAUAAUAGCAGCUGUGCACAUACUAUCAUUAUUGUGUGUCAUGGGAACAACGAUGUCUUUUAGAAGAGUAGGAGGGAAUGGUUUAAGAGUUGUGGCUAUUGUAGAUCAGACAUGAAUUGUGUUCACACACCGUACUCAGUUGUUGACGCAGAUAAAGGAAAGUGAACUUGAAAUAUGUACCCCUACAUGGAUGAAUUUUUCAAGUUAAGAUUGUCAUCUGUGUUUUGUUUUAAUCUUUUAAUAGUUAUUCCAAUAUAUUGUAGAUACAGAUUUCACCAGAGUGCGUCUUUUUGACAUCUUACAAAAUAACUAGUGUGUAUACUUCUUGCAUUGUGUCUCUGCUGAUAUUUAUAAAUUGUUAUAUUGAAGAAAUGUUUUACAAAAUGAAUAGAAAUUAAUUAAAUUUGUCACUUAUUAUACUCUCUUGUGUUUUCAUAUAAUGUUUUAAGGCAGAUCUCAACAAUGAAUGUGUAUAAUUAUAUUUGCUUUAAAAUCAAAGGUUGAAUAGGUUUCUCUUCAAGGAUUUAUUAAAGAACACAAAGAAUGGGUACUUAAAAUAGAUGUCUCUUUAUUCAUCAUUUUAAAGGGCAUAACACAAAAUAAAAUAA